AUGCCGUCUGGAUCUUUGCGAUUUGCCGGCGACGAACAGUCAAAUGGGACAAAAGUUCCCAAAGACAGACUCACGAUGCUUCAGUUCACAAACAUGGACGGCAGUGAAAAGCAAGCUGUAGUUGUUGGUAAGUCGGCAAAACCAUGCUGCUGCUUUAAAAAUGUCAAAACUCUGCCGUUUUCUUACUUCGCUAAUCGUAAAGCCUGGAUGACUAGUCAGCUGUUUACUGAUGUUAUGAAAACGCUUGAUCGAAAAAUGAUUGCUCAAAAUCGAAAGAUUAUUCUGUUUUUGGACAAUGCAACUUGUCAUAACUUACUGCCGGGUACAAAUCUGUCAAACAUCAAAUUGUCGUUCAUGCCACCAAACACCACCAGUCUCAUUCAACCUUUUGAUCAAGGCAUCAUUCGUUCAUUCAAAGUGUAUUAUCGUCGGGAACUUGUUCGAAUGCAAAUCGCAGCGAUCGAUGCUACACCGCCAGUGCCGCUGUCCGAGGUGGCCAAGCAAAUAACUGUUUUGAAGGCCAUGCACAUGAUGAAGCGAGCACUUUUCAUGGUCAAACCGUCAACAAUUCAAAAAACCAACAAAAAGACCGGCUUUGUCAUUGAAUCACAGGCUGAUAUGGAAGAAAUACUCGACGAAAAUGAUCAAGUUUCUCCACCAUCGGGCAUGGAGCAAACAGAUUUUGACGAAUUUAUCAGCUUCGACGACCGUACACAAUGUUAUGGAGAACUGACUGACACGGACAUCACACGUGGUAUAAAAUCGGAUGAUCAAGAUUUUGACGAAGAUGAUGAUGCUGAAAGCGUAAGUUCUGAAGUUUCUGAAAGUGACAAACCAGUGCCAAAUUCUCCUGCUGCAUUGAAUGCGCUUGAAACUCUGACAGCCUACUUUGAAGCAAAAAGCAGUAAUCCUGAUGGCGCAUUGAAAAUGAUUUACGGACUGGAUGAAAGUGUUCAUGAUGUUAACAAAGAGAUUUUCUGUACAAUCAAAAAUGACUGA